UUUGCGCACUGAGCGCCGGCUCCGGUACCGCUGUUUGCGGAGUCUCCUCCCGCCCGAGUGAUUCCUCCAAUAGCCGAAGAUCUGGUCAGCCCCUGGGCCACCAGAGUGGAACUGGGCCCCGGACACGCAACCUCAACUCUCCCGGCCGCGGAUGGCGCUGGAUUGUAUUUGUUGAGCUGCAGCAGGUUCGGGGACGGUGAGGAGUCAGGAGACGAGACAGUCUGGCUCAGAAUGAGACAGUUUCCCAGCAUGCACUGCGGCACGUCUCCGGUCCUUCGCAGGAGCCCCAGAAGAGAGAGGAGUCCGCUAUGCAGUCCUGUCCUGUCCGGGAGUUGCAGGCCUCUCACAGAAUGACGGGCAGUAACCCCAUGUCUCCCGGCUCCAGUGGGGAUUUAUCCCCCUUUGACCUCUCUGGUGAAAUGGGGGAAGCGGCCCCCGGGUCGCCCACUUGUGAUGUAUUGGAUGGGUCCCAGCAGGACACGCCAUCGGGACAGAAAUGGGACAGUCACACAGAGAUUGCGGAACAAGCCAAGCACGAAGCCGAGAUUGAGAAUCGGAUCGCUGAAUUACGCAAAGAGGGCUUUUGGACUCCUCGGCGUCUCUCCAAGGUCCCCGAGCCCACCAGGCCCAAGGUUCACUGGGACUAUCUGUGUGAAGAGAUGCAGUGGCUUUCAGCAGAUUUUGGGCAAGAACGUCGCUGGAAGAGGGGGGUGGCGAGGAAGGUGGUGCGCAUGGUCGCGCGACAUCAUGAAGAGCUGAAGCAGAAGGAGGAGCGAGCGCGGCGGGAGGAGCAGGCAAAGCUCCGCCGUAUCGCCAACUCCAUCGCCAAGGAAGUGCGCCAGUUCUGGAGUAAUGUGGAGAAGGUGGUUCAGUUUAAGCAGCAGUCUCGUCUGGAGGAGAAGCGGAAGAAAGCUCUUGACCUCCAGUUAGAUUUCAUUGUUGGUCAGACUGAAAAAUACUCGGACCUUUUGAGCCAGAGUCUCAGUGAAGCUCUUCCUGCCAGCAAAACCAGUUCCUCUUGCAUUGGCUCUUCACAAGGGGGCUCCUUGGGGACCAGUCCCGCUCCUUCGGUUUGCCCAAGAGAAGAUGACGAUUUUCUGCCUCAUGAAGAGGAGGAUGAUGAGGAGACGAUCGAGAUGGAGGAGCAGCAGGACGGACACGAUGCCGAGAGCCACAGGCUAGAGAUUGAGCUCCUGAAACGUGAAAGUGAAGUUCCCUUAGAGGAGCUGCUUCAGAGCCUCCCCCCCGAGAUCCUCGAGGAGGAGGACCUAGAGAAAGCGGCCCCUCGUCGUGUGACCCCAGAAGCAGACGAAGAUGAUGAUGAAUUCACAGCGAAUGAGGAGGAGGCGGAGGAUGAGGAGGAGACUAUAGCCGCGCAGGAAGAACUCGAGGGGCAACAGGAUCACACAGAGGAACUGGAUCAGUUGGCCAGAGAAGGGGAAAUGUCUCUAGAAGAUCUGCUGAAGAAGUACUCGUGGGUCCAUCCUGAGGAGGAGACGCGGGAUCCGGAUGGCGAGAGUCACGGCUCUGAUCAGACAUCCGGCUCCUCUGGGGAAUCUUCGGACUCGGAAUCAGAAGGUGUUGAGUGUCUCCUAAAGUCAGAGGAGGAUUUUGGGGUUGAUCCGAUACAUCCGGAGGAACCCAAGAAGGAGAUCACAGACAUCGCAGCCACAGCGGAGUCUCUACAACCAAAAGGCUACACCCUGGCCACCACCCAGGUUAAAACAGCUGUUCCUUUCCUCCUCCGUGGGGACCUGCGUGAAUAUCAGCACAUUGGGCUGGAGUGGCUUGUGACCAUGUAUGAAAAGAAGCUAAAUGGCAUCCUGGCAGAUGAGAUGGGCCUCGGAAAAACCAUCCAAACCAUCUCUUUGUUGGCUCACCUGGCAUGCGAGAGAGGUAACUGGGGCCCUCAUCUGAUUAUUGUCCCAACUAGUGUCAUCUUGAACUGGGAGAUGGAACUGAAAAGAUGGUGUCCAAGCUUCAAAAUUCUCACGUACUACGGAUCUCAGAAAGAGCGCAAGCUUAAGAGACAGGGCUGGACGAAGGUUAAUGCUUUCCAUGUCUGCAUCACCUCCUACAAACUGGUGCUGCAAGAUCACCAGGCCUUCCGCAGGAAGAACUGGGUCUACCUUAUCUUGGACGAAGCCCAAAAUAUCAAGAACUUCAAGUCUCAGCGCUGGCAAAGUCUCCUCAAUUUCAACAGUCAGAGGCGGCUGCUCCUCACUGGGACCCCCCUGCAGAACUCGCUGAUGGAGUUAUGGUCUCUCAUGCACUUCCUGAUGCCGCACGUCUUCCAGUCACACCGAGAGUUUAAGGAGUGGUUUUCUAAUCCUCUCACCGGCAUGAUCGAGGGCAGCCAGGAGUACAACGAAGGCUUGGUGCGCAGGCUGCAUAAGGUGCUGCGGCCCUUCCUUCUGCGCAGGAUUAAGGCAGAUGUGGAAAAACAAAUGCCCAAGAAAUACGAGCACGUCAUCUACUGCCGACUGUCCAAGCGGCAGCGCUUCCUCUACGAUGACUUCAUGGCACAGGCAGCGACGAGGGAGACUCUGGCGAGUGGUCACUUCAUGAGUGUGAUUAACAUCCUUAUGCAGCUGCGUAAGGUUUGUAAUCAUCCCAACCUGUUUGACCCGCGUCCGAUCCACUCUCCUUUCAUAACCAGCACCAUCUGCUACAGCGUUCCUUCCCUGGUACUGCGGGCUCUGCAGCGCCAUCCUCUUCAGCAUGUGGAGAUGUCCAUGUUUGAUCUGAUCGGCUUGGAAGGCCGCGUGAGUCGCUACGAGAGCGACGUUUUCUUGCCACAGUACAAGCCCACUCGCUCCCUAAUCCAGGAGAUCGCAGACUCUCCUGAGCCUCCCCCGCGGCCGCGGCCCCUCAGGAUGAAGGUGAACCGGAUGCACCAGCCGGUCGCUAAGCCUGACCCUCGCACGGUGGUUGUGGUGAACAGUUCCCGUCCGGUGCAGAAGCCUCCGGCGCAGGCGUCCUCGAUUUCUCCUCCUCAGCAGCCUCCAGCCUCAUUGCCUCCCGUUCCUACCGCGGCAGCCGGAGCCUCCGGACCCGUUCAACACCAAGUGUCUGUGCCAGCGGCCCCUGUGGUUCAGUCUCCUCCUGGGCCCGUAUCUGUGAGUCCGAUGUCCGCAGGACUGGUGAAACCCAUCUCGCUGCCUGCGUCCCAGCCUGGGCACAGCGCCCCCCAGAGGCUCAUCCUCACCCCCGAUAUGCAGGCCAGACUACCAUCUGGAGAAGUCAUCACGCUCUCCCAGUUGGCGUCCCUGAGUGGACGUCCUCAAGUUCCUGCUGCCACGAAGCCACUCACUCUGCAGCUACAUGGGGGAAAACUCACCCUGAGUGGAGCUCAGGUUAGACAGCUGGUCCCUGGGCAACAUCGACCGGUUCAGGGCAAUGUCCUUCACUUGGUGUCUUCGGGGGGUCAGCACCAUCUGUUAAGCCAGCCGGCCCAGCUCGCUCUGAUACAGGCCUUGGCUCAGCAGGCUGCAGCGUCGGCCCCCUCAGUCUCUCCGCAGAUGGGGCAGGGAAGUGGGGCAGCCCAGCUUGGAGUUCAGACAGUGUCCUUGCAGUCCCUGCCCCACUCAUUGCUGACGGGUGCCGGCAUCCCUGCGGCGAGCGCAUCAGUCAUUCCGCCACCCGGGCAGGUAUCCGCUCCAGGCUUGGUGAAGAUUGUGGUGAGACAGGCAGCUCGAGAGACGUCGGCCCCUCCACCCCGUCCUCUUCUACGCGUCGCACAGUCCACGCUCACCGAAAACGCGAGCGCAUGCGCUGGAAUCGGGGAGAGAAGCGUGCCGGUGGUUGCCACCUCUUCUGUCUCGCUGGCUUCCAGUUCUGUUCUUAUGGUGUCCAGCCCUGCACCAAGAUUCCCGUGUCAAGCUCCAAGUCCUGUUCCCAGUCAUAACAAUCAUGCUGUGGCCCUCGGUGCAGAGGGUUCACCUGGCGUGGCCCUACGCCUUCUCACCACGGCCACGUCUGCUGCCCUUCAGAUAACCAACCACCGCUCCUCUCCCCCGAGUCACUCCCAGAGUCCUGUCCUUCCAAACUGCUCUCCGGCGCAGAGCGCUGGCCUCUCUAAUUGCAGCCCUUGUCAACUGGUGACUCAAGACUCGACCCUGGAUGCCAGCGCUGCUUCAAAUGGGAUUGGUCCAAAUGGGGCUCCCCCACCCCAAAGCGCAGCAUCGCAAGACCCCAAAGAGUCCGUUAACACUCAGAGCCUAUCACAAUGUGUUCCUGCUAGCAGCUCCGGCAGCAGCCCCUCACUCAGUGCUCCGACUCCCAGUCCCUCCUCGAAUCACGCUGUCAAUUUACCCAAACUGACCUCUUCCUCGUACAGCCUCAGCCUGGUUCCUGCCCUUCUUGCAAACUCUGCCGCCUCCACCAGCUCUAUGCCUGCUCGCUUCCUCACCAGCCCGGUGUCUCUCCUCACACUCUCCCCUUUACCCACUACCACUGGUGCUAGCACCCCCCUCAUCUACACUCACGCCAGCGCUAAUGCGCUUCCACCAAUCGCCCAUCAAGCGUCCCCUUUUCCAGCCGCUACGAUAUCUGCCCCUCAGGCCUCUGUGCCACCGCCGCCCAUGCCUUCAACAGCUCCUCAGGCCACUUUGUUGGCUUCUGGCCUUUCCUCAUUGGUUCACCACUCCCCAGUGGUCUCUGUUCCAACCCUUACCCAGCCCCCUGUUCCUGUGGCCCCUGCUAGUCCUGUGACACCAAGUCUCGCCCCAGCUAUCCCCAUGACCCCAGCAUUGGCACCUACUCAGGUUUCUGUAUCCCCCACCCUGCUCCCUGCCCAAGCCCCUUUGCCUGCUCCUGUGGCCCCAGUCCCUCUACAAGCUCUGGCUGCACCUUCACCUCUCCCACUGCCUACCCUCGCUGCUUCCAUCUCUGUUCCCUUCUCUUUGCUGGCCGCCUCAGCACCUGAAACUCUUCCUUCACUUGUGUUGUCUACCCAGCUGCCUUCAAUGAGCACCUCGGCUACUGCCCCUUCUGCCCUACUGCCUGCUGUGGCAGCACCCGCCUCUCUUCCGUUGUUGGCUUGCUCAGAUACUGCACCUUUGUCCCUGUCUCUCCCCUUGCCUAGGCUUUCCGUCUCCCUCCCUCUCUCUACCACCAUUCCGGUACUUGCAACAACGUCUGCGUCCAGCUCUCUCCCUGUGCUGGCGUCGGGCUGCGACCCUGCUCCCUUAGCCACGCUGGCAGCUCCCAUUUGUACCCCUCAGCCUCCAACCUCUGCCCCCCCAGCCUUGCCUGCCCCUCGUUCUGUUUCUUUGACAAGCAUUUUAAAUCGCCCACCAGUUUCCUCUGUACCCGUUUGCUUGCCUUCCCUCACUACUACAACAGCGCCUACCCGCCUGCCCUCGUUGGCAGCUUCACCAGUGGCUCGUCUGCCAUCACCGUCAGUCACUGUAUCAACUCACCUGCUGUCGUUGGCUGCCCCUGCUUCUGUGCCCCUGCCUGUCCUGGCCUCUUCUGCGCCCCUGCCUGUUCUGGCCUCCUCUGCUUCUGCGCCCCUGCCUGUCCUGGCCUCCUCUGCUUCUGCGCCCCUGCCUGUCCUGGCCUCCUCUGCUUCUGCGCCCCUGCCUGUCCUGGCCUCCUCUGCCUCUGCGCCCCUGCCUGUCCUGGCCUCCUCUGCCUCUGCGCCCCUGCCUGUCCUGGCCUCCUCUGCCUCUGCGCCCCUGCCUGUCCUGGCCUCCUCUGCCUCUGCGCCCCUGCCUGUCCUGGCCUCCUCUGCCUCUGCGCCCCUGCCUGUCCUGGCCUCCUCUGCCUCUGCGCCCCUGCCUGUCCUGGCCUCCUCUGCCUCUGCGCCCCUGCCUGUCCUGGCCUCCUCUGCCUCUGCGCCCCUGCCUGUCCUGGCCUCCUCUGCCUCUGCGCCCCUGCCUGUCCUGGCCUCCUCUGCCUCUGCGCCCCUGCCUGUCCUGGCCUCCUCUGCCUCUGCGCCCCUGCCUGUCCUGGCCUCCUCUGCCUCUGCGCCCCUGCCUGUCCUGGCCUCCCCUGCCUCUGCGCCCCUGCCUGUCCUGGCCUCCCCUGCCUCUGCGCCCCUGCCUGUCCUGGCCUCCCCUGCCUCUGCGCCCCUGCCUGUCCUGGCCUCCCCUGCCUCUGCGCCCCUGCCUGUCCUGGCCUCCCCUGCCUCCAUUGCUUUUCAGAGUGUCCUUCCUUCUUUAGCCUCUACCCCAGCUUCAACUAGUGCCAUCUCCUUAGUUACCCCCGUUUUAGCUCCUGUAUCAUCAUCCUCAGCCGCUCUGAACCAGACGAAUACCGCCACGUCCUCUGCCAUUUCCGCCCCGGUGUCGCUCUCCAUCCAGGAUCCCCCAUUAUCUCUGUCCGUGGCUGGCCCUCCUUCUGUCAGCGUGACUCUCAGUACAGCCGCAGAAGCGGACACGUUGCUGGACGCAGACGGCUUCCGCUCAACAUGUGCUACUACAGUUCCUGCCUCUGUUAGGACCCGCCGGCAGCCGCCUCCGCCGCCCCGGUCUCCAUUCUAUCUGGAGCCUGUGGAGGAGCGGCGGCGCAGGCAGAAGGUGGGGCGCUUGGACAGGAUCUUCAGAGUGAACGAGCAGCGUUGCGGCCUUGCUCCGGUCUACGGCACAGAGGUUCUCCGGUUCUGCACCCUGCCUGAUGUCCAUUGGAGCCGUCGGUUUGCGAGCGGCCGUUCUGCGCCCCGGGAUCUCUACGAUUACUGGCUUCAGACAGAUGCCUUGAGAGAGAGCGUCCUCUCCCCGCAGCAGCGGCUGGAGCAGCUGGAGCCGCUCGUAGACAGGUUUAUCUUCGCUAUGCCUCCCGUGGAGGCUCCUCUGAUCAGUCUGCACACCUCUCACCCGCCGCCAUCGCUGCUUCUGCAAGAGUCUGUCUUCAAAGAGACCCUGUACAGGGAGCUGACGCCGCGCACGCGCUGCCUCCAUCGGAUUGUUUCCAACAUGAGGACGCAGUUUCCCGACUUGCGGCUCAUCCAGUAUGAUUGUGGGAAACUGCAGACUUUGGACCGUUUGCUGCGUCAGUUGAAGUCCGGAGGCCACAGAGUCUUAAUCUUCACACAAAUGACGCGGAUGUUGGACGUCCUGGAGCAGUUCCUAAAUUAUCACGGACACAUUUACCUGCGGCUUGAUGGAUCCACGCGAGUGGAACAGCGUCAGGUCCUCAUGGAGCGCUUUAACAUGGACAGGCGUAUCUUCUGCUUCAUUCUCUCCACGCGCAGCGGAGGAGUUGGCGUCAAUCUUACGGGGGCAGAUACGGUUAUAUUUUACGACAGCGACUGGAACCCGACCAUGGAUGCCCAGGCUCAGGAUCGCUGCCACCGCAUCGGGCAGACCCGGGAUGUGCACAUUUACAGGCUUGUGAGCGACCGUACCGUAGAGGAGAAUAUCCUGAAGAAGGCUCAGCAGAAGCGCAUGCUCGGAGACCUUGCGAUCGAAGGAGGAAACUUUACCACGGCCUACUUUAAGCAGCAAACAAUCCGCGAGCUGUUUGACAUGGAGGACGCACCGAGCAAGGAGAUCGAAGCAGCGGCCACUUCUCCCGAACGAAGCGUAGAGGAUGGUGGCACAGCGCGAACCUCGCAAAUCUUGGAACAGGCCCUGUGCGGUGCCGAGGAUGAGGAGGACAAACUUGCUGCCUCUCUGGUCCGUGCAGAACAAGUUGCGGAUCUGGCAGAGUUUAAUGAAAACGCGCCACUAGAACCGGAGGAAGAGGAGCAGAGCCGAGUGGAGCAGGAGAUAACGGCGCUGGUCGAGCAGCUGACCCCCAUUGAAAGGUACGCAAUGUAUUAUCUGGAGGCCUCUUUAGAAGACGUCAGCAGAGAGGAAUUGAAACAAGCAGAGGAGCAAGUAGAAGCUGCUCGAAAGGACCUGUAUAUGGCUAAAGACGAUGGUGGACAUUAUCCCGAAGAGAGGUGGGAAGAGGAGUCCAAGAAAGUCCGCAAGGUGCGAGCCCCUCCCCCUCCAAGGACCCCAGGAGAGCGUAUUGGUGUCCGUAUGAGUGAGAGACUGCGCGGAGGUCGACUGCUUGAUGCUGCGGACGCUGACAACCCAGUUGUACAUGAGACUAGCGCAUUAGUCCAAGAGUGUGUUCAAGGCGACACUCUCCAACAAGAUCCGUUAAAGCCACCAGACAGAGACUUUCUGGAUCCAAGUGUCUUCUGUGGCUCGUCGGAAAGUCAGACCCUGCCAGAGCAUCUGUUGCCACAGUCUACAACUCCCGUUACUCAACCUCAGGAGAUUGCCGACCCUGAAGUUGAUGACUCCACACAGGAGGACUAUGGACGAGAGACUGUGGUCUCAGAUGUUGAAAGACAACCUGUGCCAAAUGUUGUGACCACCGUAAGUAGCUCGUCCAUCUGUGUCUCCCAGGGGGAGGAAAGCAUUGCACCUCGCACGCCACGCAGGAAAGUGACUGCAGACUGUGAGAUCCUGCUGGCUGGAGCUGGGGACAGCUCCCCUACCGCAAAGGUGCUCAGAAGACUGCCAGGGCGCCUGGUUACCGUGGUUCAGGAUCGUCCACUUAACCGCCAGAGCCGUGGGAGAACUCAGAGGUCUGCGGCAGAGAGGGGAGCUCAAAGUCCUCCUCCAGAUCUCCAGUCCGAUGAAACCUCAGACACUGGAAGUCCCCCUCCAAAGAGAAAGAGAGGGAGACCUCCGAAGGCGCGAACAGAUCAGUCUCCUCCUCCUGCAUCACUUGAUAUUCUCCCUACAGUCUCGUCCUCUCCCGAGAUGGGAUCUUCUUCCCAGGAAACCUCUCCUGAGUUGGGAAGCCGAGUGUCUGGCAGUCCAAAGCCACGCUCCAGAUUUAACUCCGAAAGCGAGAGUGGUUCUCCUAACGAGAAACGGAAGAGGGGAAGGCCUCCAAAAAGAAGAGAUGGUUCGGUAACUUCUGUGGUUACUUCAGCUGCUGAGAGUCCCGCACCGGACGCACUCUCUCUCGCAGACACGGUGUCCACUCCCAGUCUUGUUAGACUUGACCACAAGGAGGAUUCUGAGUCUGCGAUAUCUGGACAUGGCCAUCUCGUUGCAGAUGUUAGCAUUCCUAGUGCUGCUUCAGACAUUCCUCAAGAAGGUGCUGGUAGCAGUGGAGCGGACGAGCCCCCAACCCCAUCAAAGCGUAAACGUGGCCGUCCACCGAAGCCCUCCGCAUCCAAAGGGGUCGCUAGUCCUUUGCACAAUGAUAAAGCAGACAGUUCUCCGGACAGGUCCCCCAGCCCCCAUGUCACACGGACCCCUGUAAGGCAAAAGGGUAAACCAUUGAAAACUGGAACUUCUAAGGACAGAGUGCACUCGCAUCCCCCUCCGGACACGGACUCCUCCUCGGGGGCAGAGGAGCUGCCUGUUAGGACUCCUUUUACGCGUAGUGCCAGUACCCGUUUGCAGCCCACCCAGACGCCACACGAAACCACUCCACGCCCCGGCUUGGCUCCUAAAACCCCCAGAGGACGUUCUCCCCGGGCUGUCCCAGUUCACGAGAGACCUUCCACAAAAAGGCGAAAGCCUCCCGCCGUCGGCUCCCCCAGCCCGCCCUCCUCUUCUCCCCAUGGCAGUUCCAGUGAAAGGCAAGCUGUGGGGGGCAGGAAGCGUCCUUGUCCCCCAGCAGAGCGUGUCCUGCGAAGCUCCCUCACAGCCAGCCCGGCCAGUAACACUCGCUCCUUGCGUCCGCUGCCCCCGCUUCACAAUUCUCCCAGCAGCCACAGAGGCAGGAAAGCAAAGACGUGAGGGAGCGACGGGUGUCACCUGGCUGCGUUUCACCCCGAGUCACUGGAGGUGCAGGCAACACGAACUCCUACUGGCUGCCCCUGGCCGUGGUGGGGCAGGUUCUGUGGAGUCACUGCCCCAAAUGUGUUCUGCAGGCCUGUGGCCCCAAAACUGAGAAAUAACCACAAUCUAUGCAAGAGGAUGGAGAAAAGCCCGAGGGAAACUGAGUUUGUGUUAAAAUGUGUUGGGGAUAUGGGGCCCGUGGAGUGGGAGCGGGGGUCUGUGGAUCCGCAUGCGGAGCCCGGGAGCAGAUGUUUGGCCGUGUUUCUGCACGAGUCCUUGUAAUUCUUUCAUGACAAUAAAGUGUUAAGUAAAACGA